GUGGCCUAGGCUUGCCUGGGAGUGGGUCAGUCCCUGCAAGGCAGCAGCUGGACAUUGCAAGCCAUGCAAGCCAAGGAGAGGACGCUGAGGCUCCAGUUCGGGAACCGGAUCGAGGCCCUUUGUGUGGUGGGAUCCAGCCUCUCCACAGAUGUCUAUGGCGCUGCCCCGGCCGAGGCGGUCACGUUCAGCGUGAAGCACACGGAUGGCGUGGACGUGGAGGUGGUGUCCGGCGGUCAAGCGGAGGUGGCCCCCUCGGACGGAGGGAAGCGGUGGCCACUCGACCCCAAGACCACCCUCCGCAUCCAGAUGACCCGCCCCAGCACAGAGGCCAACGACAACAAGGUGACCGUUGGAUAUUUUGGGGAAAACGGAAAGCACCCCAUUGACCAAGCCGGGGUUUUCCUGACUGCCAUCUCCAUUUCCCUGGAUGUCGACGCGGACCGGGAUGGAGUGGUGGAGAAGAACCAUCCAAAGAAGGGCACAUGGGCGUGGGGCCCGGAGGGUCAAGGGGCCAUCCUGCUGGUCAACUGCGACAAGGAGAACCCUUUCUCCACCACCGAAGACUGCCAGGACGACAAAGUCUUCUCCAAGGAAGACCUGGAGGACAUGUCACGCAUGAUGCUGCGCACGCAAGGGCCCCAACGCCUCCCCGCUGGCUACGAGAUGGUCCUCUACAUUCCCGCCUCCGAUGCAGACAAUGUCGGGGUCUUUUACCUGCAAAACCCCUUUUUCGGCCAGCGCUACAUCCACAUCCUGGGCCGGAGGAAACUUUUCCACGUGGUAAAAUACACGGGUGGCUCAGCCGAGCUGGAAUUUUUCGUGGAGGGACUUCGGUUUCCGGAUGAGACCUUCAAUGGAGUGGUUACCAUCCACGUCAGUCUCUUGGAAGCCCUGGCCGAGGGCCUCCCGCAGACCCCGAUCUUCACCGACAGCGUGGUCUUCCGGGUGGCGCCGUGGAUCAUGACCCCGAACACGCUAGCCCCGGUCAACGUCUUCGUCUGCAGCGUGAAGGACAACUAUCUCUUCCUGAAGGAAGUCAAGAACCUGGUCACCAAGGCCAACUGCAAGAUGAGCGUCUGCUCACGGUAUAUGAACCGCGGGGACCGGUGGAUGCAGGACGAAAUUGAGUUUGGCUACAUCCAAGCCCCGCACAAGGGCUUCCCAGUGGUGUUGGACUCGCCCAGGGACGGAGGCCUUCAGGAUUACGCCGUCAAGGAGAUUCUGGGUCCAGAUUUCGGUUACGUGACCCGGGAGCCCCUCUUCGAAGCGGUGACCAGCUUGGACUCCUUUGGGAACCUGGAGGUCAGUCCUCCAGUAACGGUCAAGGGGAAGGAGUUCCCCUUGGGCCGCAUCCUGAUCGGGAGCAGCUUCCCCACAUCCGCUGGGCGAAGGAUGACCAAAGUGGUCCGGGAUUUCCUCUACGCCCAACAGGUCCAGGCCCCCAUCGAGCUCUAUUCGGACUGGCUGACUGUCGGCCACGUGGACGAGUUUGUCACCUUUGUCCCCGUUCCUGGCAAAAAGCAAUUCCGGAUGCUGAUGGCCAGCCCUUCCGCCUGCUAUAAACUAUUCAGAGAGAAGCAGAAGGAAGGACACGGGGAAGCCGUCAUGUUCAAAGGCUACACCGGAACGGAUACGAAGCGAGUGACCAUCAACAAAGUGGUGUCCAAUGAGGUCAUGGUGCAAGAGAACCAAUAUGUCCAGAGAUGCAUCGACUGGAACCGGGACAUCCUGAAGGAAGAGCUGGGCCUGGGCGAGAAGGACAUCAUCGACCUCCCGGCCCUCUUCAAGAUGGACAAGCAAGGCAAGGCCGUAGCCUACUUCCCCAACAUGGUGAACAUGGUGGUGCUCUCGCGGGACCUGGGGAUCCCGAGGCCCUUUGGCCCCAUCGUGGAGAACGAGUGCGUCCUGGAGCAACAUGUGCGCGGGCUGCUGGAGCCGCUGGGCCUGAUGUGCACCUUCAUCGAUGACGUCUCCUCCUACCACCAGCAGCUGGGAGAGGUCCACUGCGGGACCAACGUUCAGCGCAAGCCCUUCGCCUUCAAGUGGUGGCACGCGCUCCCUUGAGAAGCAUGGGAGGAAGGAAGGGCUCAACAUCAAAUCGGGUGCAUUCAUUUCUUGGGGUGCGUCUACACUGGGGAAUUCAUGCAGUCUAACCGCCAUGGGAAGGCUGGGAGUUGUCAUUCAAUAAUACUAAUACUAAUACUAAUAAUAAAUCAGAGGUUGGGUGGCCAUCUGUCGGGAGGGCUUACAUGGUAUCUUCCCAGCUGGCAGAAGGGUUGGACUAGAUGGCCAUUGGGGUCUCUUCCACCUCUAGGAAUCAACAGCAAUAAUAAUAAAUAAUGAGAGACCGAACGGCCAUCUGUCAGGAGGGCUUAGUUGGUGUCUUCCCACUUGGCAGAAAGGUUGGACUAGAUGGCCUUUGGGGGUCUCUUCCACCACUAGGAAUCAAUAGCAAUAAUAAUAAAUAAUGAGAUACUGAAUGGCCGUCUCAGCAAUAAUAAUAAUAAUAAUUGGCAUAAUAAUUGGCAAUAAUAAUAAUAAUAAUAAUAAUAAUA